ACUUAUUUCUAGUACAGAAUAUAGUGAGUGAAUACUGUGAGCCUCUUUGGCAUACAUUUCUAAAAAGGAGAAUGUGUGUAGGGAAGUGUGCCCGCUGUACUGGACUCUCCCUAAUGUUAUUGGCUAUACUCUCUAUCACUGCAAACCUUUUCCUCCUCUUCCCAAACCUUGAUGGGUCAUACUUCAGAAGACACCAGAUUAGCCGCUAUGCUAGAUCGCUGUCAGGAGUUUGGGCAGGAGGACUCAUGGUGCUUCUGGCCAGUAUAAAAAUCACAACCACUGGGUUUAAAGUAAGAAGACUGUCUUGCUGUGGACCUCGCUUUGAUAUGCUCCUAUCUGGUAUUUUCUCCUUUGUGGCUUUGCUUGGAGCUGCAAUAUCUCUUACGGUCUCUAUCACUGGGUUAUUCAGAGGUCCCUAUUGCUUGUACAAAGAGGAUGACGGAGCAGAAAAUAAAUGGGGCUAUCUUAAACUUAAUCUAUUAAAUAAUGACUCAGGGGUCAUGGCUCCAGAAACGUCUUCCUGGAUUGAUGCCUGUAUAGAACCUCCAGACAUUGAGACAUGGCAUUCCAGUUUCUUCAUUCUUCUGUCUAUGAGUAACAUUUUACAAAUUAUCUUGUGUCUCUCCCAGAUGGUUAAUGCAAUUUUUGGAGUGAUAUGUGGACAUUGUGACCAGAAAAAUGAUUCUCCGAUGACCUUCUGAGUCAAAUCUGUGACAUCACCCCACGUCCUGCCUUGGUCUGAGCUUGUUACAUAACACAGUCUUGCAAGAUUAUGGCCAGUUAGGAUCUGGUAGGAUUCUGUGGUCCUUCCCUGGACAGCAAUGAAGAAAAGGAAGAUCUGUCCU